UAACUAAUGCUGCUAAUAAUACAUCAUUUUCUUCCACUUGCACACGCAAGCCUUCCUUCAUCUCUCUGUUUUUAUUCCGAUAGACUCGAACUGACUCAUUUUACGACCACGCUUAUUAAACAUCAUCAUACAUCAUUCAUUUAUUUCUCGUACAAGACACUCACAUGUAACCAAGCGCAAAGUUCUCAAUUAAAUCGCGAUUAAAUUAAAUUCACGUCGUCACUCCGAUGAACGUUCCGUAUCUCGGUGAACCCCGAUGAUCGAUUCUAAGAAGGAGAACCUUGCCGAAGGUUCGACGAAAUGAUUACCUAAUCGCGCGCAUUACCGCGAUGGAUUUAAUCUCGGAGUCAUUUCCGCGCGGAUGCCGCAGUAUCCUCUUGGAUAGCGUGCGUUCGGGCCGCGGCUCGCGCCCGGUCAAAAGUCAGUCGGUAGAAAACGCCGGGAUGGCAUCACGGUGGACGACAAUCAUCGUCUUCCUCCUCCUCGCGCGUCUCUACGUGGCGACGUCCUCGCAACACCGCGACCGGGAGAACCUCUGCGAGGCACGGCAGACCUGCGCGAGCUGCCUGCAAACGCCACGAUGCGCCUGGUGCUCCAUGAAGAAUUCUGAACAGAGUAAAGCUCCUCUAUUGCGUUGCGUGUCCAAACAAACUUAUUUAAAAGAAGGCAAACUUUGGUGUCAAUCAUGGGCUGUGAUACAUCACGAGAAUACAAUGCAUGUUAUGGAAAAUCGACAGUUAUCCUCGAUCAAAGGUAAAGAUCCCGUCCAAGUUCAACCUCAAAGGAUACAUUUACGUCUUAGACCAGGAGAGGACUAUCGAGUAACUAUGAAGUACAGUCAGGCAGAGGAUUAUCCUGUGGAUUUGUAUUACCUUAUGGAUCUAUCAGCGUCUAUGGAGCCUUACAGAGACAAAUUAUCGAAACUUGGUCUACAACUGGCCGAAGCCAUGCAAAAGCUUACGUCGAAUUUCCGUAUCGGCUUUGGAAGUUUUGUAGAUAAGGUCAUUUUACCGAUGACUAACACACAACCCGACAAAUUACAGUCUCCCUGCACUUUAAAAACUGGAAAACCGUGUGCACCUCCUUAUGAUUAUAAAAAUCAAAUGCCACUUACGGAAAACGUUGUUUUAUUUGAGGAUCAGGUACAAGCGGCGCCGGUGUCGGGUAAUCUGGAUGGUCCCGAAGGUGGACUCGACGCGAUGAUGCAGGUCAUAGUAUGCACAAAGGAAAUCGGCUGGCGCCAAAAAGCACGUCAUCUUAUUGUAUUCUCAACUGACGCAAUCUUCCACAUCGCUGGGGAUGGUAAACUUGCAGGAAUAGUAGAGCCUAAUGAUUGCAAGUGUCAUUUGGACGAAAAGGGAUUCUACACUCAUUCUCUUCUGCAGGAUUAUCCUUCAAUUUCUCAGAUUAACAAAAAAGCGCGCGAACAUAAUAUGAAUAUUAUUUUUGCUGUUCCUGAUCACAAAAGUGCGACUUAUCAACGAUUAAGUCGUAGUAUUAGUGGAUCCUCAACCGGAACGCUAGAAAAUAAUUCGCAGAAUGUUGUCGCCUUAGUGAGAAAUGAAUACGAGAAAAUAGUGGACUUUGUGACACUGAUCGAUACAGCGCCGAAGAUGAUAGACGUUAAAUAUUUCUCCCGAUGCUUGAACAAAACGGGGGAAUUGCUGGAACGUCAGGAAUGCGGGGGACUUCGCGUAGGCAAUAUUAUUGAGUUUGAAAUUGUGCUUAAGGUUGUAGAAUGUCCCAAAGAUCCCAAGGAUUGGUACCAAACUAUGCAGAUCAAGCCUAGAGGUCUGAACGAGAGUCUGACUAUUGAUGUGGAAAUUAUAUGCGACUGCCCUUGUGAGAAACCUGGACACCCGGGAUAUCAACCGAACGCAAAAGAAUGCAAGCACAAAGGUACAUCCGCGUGUGGCGUGUGCUCCUGCAAUCCCGGUUUUUAUGGAAAGCAAUGCGAGUGCAAGGGAAGCGACGUCGGUGUUGACAAAUCAAUCUCGAUGAACGACUGCAAACCCGACAAUCAAACCGCCGAGAUCUGCAGCGGCCAUGGCACGUGCAAGUGUGGCGUCUGCGAUUGCGAUAAACGACCAAAUAAUCCGCUAGAAUUGUUUUAUGGGAAAUACUGCGAAUGCGACAAUUUCUCUUGCAAACGUAGUGGCGGCCAGGUCUGCGGCGGACGGGGCAAGUGCGAAUGCGGUACCUGCAAUUGCCUGCCGGGAUGGGGUGGCGAGACGUGCGACUGCAAGGACACCAACAGCACAUGCAUCCCGCCGUCGUCUGGCGAGAACGCCGAGAUUUGCAGCGGACGUGGCGAAUGCAUCUGCGGCAGCUGUCACUGCCACGAGCGUAAUAAUAUCCGAUAUUCCGGGCAAUAUUGCGAGGAGUGUCCUACAUGUCCAACAGAAUGUGACGAGCUAAAGGACUGUGUGGAGUGCAUAGCAUACAAUACAGGACCGUUCGCGAAAAAUGAGAAGUGUGACUUGUGCAUGAACGAAAUAGACAUCAUCGACGCAGUUAAGGAAGAUCCUGUAAGAGACAAGGAAAUCGGUGCCUAUAUGUGUCGAAUAGCCGAUGAGGAAGGCUGCACGUUUAAUUUCAAAUAUCAAUAUCACAGAACCAGAGGAGAUAUCAAAAUCUUUAAGAUUCAAGCUCAGAAAGAAAAAGACUGCCCAACGCCAAUUAACGUUUUCGGUGUUGCGCUAGGUGUCGUCAUAAGCACCGUCAUCAUCGGUUUCCUGAUCCUCCUCAUUUGGAAGAUCCUCACGAUGAUCCACGACAAAAGAGAAUACGCUAGAUUCGAGAAGGAGCGCGCCCUCGCCAAAUGGGAUAGAGGCGAGAAUCCUCUGUACAAACAAGCGACGUCGACUUUUUCUAAUCCGACGUUUAAUGCAUCAGAAAUUAAUAAUUCAUAACUUUGGACUCUUGUUGUGAUUACGAAUUUCGUAUAAGAUAAAUAUUUCAGUAAUCAAACAUAUCUCUAUAUCUGGACACUUAUAGGGAAAUUAUUUAUUAUUAUUAAUUUUAAUUACCUUUUAAAAUUAUUAACUAUUAAAAUUAAUUGUAAUUUUUCAAUUCUUAAAAAUAUUGAUAAGAUAUGUUA